AAGGCAGCCACACUCUGCCUCCUCUGUUGUGAUCCUGGCUUUCCAUUUACGACCCCCGGCAGAACAUUAAGGCAGCUGGGGCUGCCAGGAAUGCAGUCUGAGAUCAGAUGAAAUCAUUGACUCUUAAAAACUGAAGGCCAGGAUUUUCCAAAAGAAACCCCGGAGCAGCAGGAUUCCCUGUCGAAAGGUCACAUCCUCUUCAUGUUACAGGAAUUCUAACGGAUCCUCCGGCCCCUAACCCCUCAGCUGGUCAGUCUGGAUGCCACAAAGCCCGUGAAAAGCAAGUUACCAGCGGAUCAAAAGAGACUGGAAAUCAAUCUGCUAACAGGAGAAAGUGGGGAGGCGGUGAUGUCUGGUGGAAUUUUCUCCCCGCUGGAGAAUCUUUGUGACUUGGACAAUGCCAACUGCCACCCACUUGUGUGUUUUCUAUGCCACGAGCAGUACGAACACCCUUGCCUCCUGGAUUGCUACCACAACUUCUGUGCCAGCUGCCUACGGGGCCGGGCCAUUGACAGCCGCCUCACCUGUCCUCUCUGUGGGCACCAGUCCAUUGUGAAAGGCAGUGGCCUGCCCCCAGAGGACCGGCUCCUCAAGUUCCUGGUGGACAGCUCCGGGGACUGCGAGGAGGAAGCGCAGUGUGCAAACUGCGACCUUCAGUGCAAGAAACAGGACUUAGAUGCCAUGUAUUUCUGCAACACCUGCAACCAGCCCCUCUGCGCCAAGUGCCGCGAGGAUACCCACAAAGCCAAGAUGUUCUCCCGUCAUGAGAUCGUCUCACUGACCAAGCGGAUCAAAGACAUCCACAAGAAAUGCCCACUUCACGAAGAGCUUUACAUCAUGUUCUCCACAGAGAAAAAAUCCAUGCUGUGCAUUAACUGCUUCCGGGACAUGCCAGUGGAGAGCCGAGCACACUGCAUCGACAUCGAGACUGCAUACAUGCAAGGCUGCGAGAAGCUGGAUCAGGCGGUGAUGGCUGUGAAAGAGCUGCAGACCUCCACGCGAGAAGCCAUUGUGCUCCUCAAAGCUAUGAUUGAGGAGGUGCGCAACAGCGCAGAUGAAGAAGAGACAGCCAUCAACUCGCUCUUCAGUAACAUGCAGGACAGGUUGGCAGAAAGGAAGAAGAUGCUUUUAAAAGUGGUCCAGAGUCAAUACGAAGAAAAAGAGAAGGCCUUCAAGGAGCAGCUCACCCACCUGGCAUCGCUGUUACCCACUCUACAGGUCCACCUGGUGACCUGCUCCGCUUUUCUGAGCUCUGCCAACAAAGCCGAAUUCCUGGAUUUAGGCUACCAACUGAUGGAGAGACUGCAGAAGAUUGUCAAGGUGCCCCAUCGGAUGAGGCCUUCCCAAACCAGCAAGAUUAACACCGAGUACAGGGCCGAAUUUGCGCACUGCUUGGAGCCGCUGCUGCUUCUCACUCCACGUCGCUCGGUUGUAGUGAACGGAGGGAGCAUCGGGCCCGGAAUGAGCAAUGGAAACAUGAUCUCCGGAGGCCCGUGUUCCAAGACGCUGAUGGUAUCCAGCUGCCCCUCUGCUUGUGAAAAGAUGUCCUUAACAGGUUCCAUCGUCCGGAAGCCAACAAUGCAUCGUUACAUCAGCACCAAGGUCUUGUUGGCCGAAGGGCGAGAGACGUCGUUCACGGAACAUUGCCGCAACUAUGAGAAUAUGUACCGGGUCCUCCAAAGUGAGAUUCAGAACCUGAAGGAUCAAGUGCAGGAGCUGCACCGAGACCUCACCAAGCACCACUCCCUCAUCAAGACGGAGAUCAUGAGCGAGAUCGUGCAGAAGUCCCUGCAGAUGGACGUGCAGAUUGCUUCGGAGUACCUUCUCUGCUGGGCCCAAAGUCCCCUGUUCGAAGAGACCUGGGAAGAAACCUACCAGCGAGUGGCAAAUGAACAAGAGAUUUAUGAAGCCCAACUGCACGACCUCCUGCAGCUGAAACAAGAAAACAGCUACCUGACCACCAUCACCAAACAGAUCGCCCCCUACGUCCGCUCCAUCGCCAAAGUGAAGGAACGCCUGGAGCCCAGGUUGCUGGAAGCAAAGGAGAAGGACAGCCAGGCUGAGAACCUGCUGAAAAUAUAUGACGACAGCACAACGACGACCGGUGAAGUCCUGCACAGGACCGACUCGAGCAACGAAAACGCCGAAGGCAGAGAGAGGCCCUCGGAACCCAAAGCAGAAAACCAGACGCCCAAUCUGGCCGCCAAAGAGCCGUCACUGAAAAGCAACGACUGCUGUAAGAGCCAGCCAAAAGGCUGGGCUGGCAGCCCCCCCACGGGCAGCAGCAGCAUCAGCAGCAACAGGCCAAGCAGCGAAACGAUUCCAGCGCCGAACACGCACGGCGUCCAUUAACGCUGCACAGGAUUGUCGGCGGGGCUGGGCGUUAAAACAGCAACUGCAGCGACGAAAAUAAUUCAGCACAAAGAGAACCCAGAUCCUGCAACCCGUCUUGAGUUGUGGACGUUGGCAAGAUUUCUUUUGCAGAAGAUUUCCUGCUGGGCACGGAGAGGCGCCAGCAGCCGUGCAUGGCCCUCCGAAACAAUCGCAGAAAGCGUUGCGGCUUCUGAGUUGGCACACAUGCUCGCAAGCACUGGGUGGGCUAGAAAUGUUCUUGAAACGGCAACCGGGAGAAUGAAAUAUGCGACCCUCGGGCUUGUUUCCUUCAUUUCUUUGGCCCCUGUGUGAACUAGCCCCCUGCUUCCAGCCAGUCGCCUGAGCAACAGACCCGUAUUUGGAUUCUCUGCCCCUAGGGUCUGUCCGGGGAGCUCUGCUGUCCGUGUGGCUGGUCGGUGUGCGUAUCGCCUCUGCCUGCCUUCUCCUGGACAUUUCCUGUGCUUGUAUCAGGGAGAGGGAAAUUGUUUUCGCCACGCCUUACAAGAAGCAGGUCACCUAGAGAUAUGAAAAAGCUACAUGCCCAUACCAGUCAGUUUUUCAGUAACAUACAAAACUGUGUGAUGGGGCAUAUUUGUGUGCCAUGAGGCAGCAGAUAAUGGCCGACGGAUUCAAAUAAUAAAUUAGAAGAGUCUGUAUUUAUAUCCCACCUUCCUCUCCUGUAAGGAGACUCAAGGUAGCCUACAAUCUCCUUCCCCUUCCUCUCCCCACA